AACUCGGUGUGCCGAGCGCUCGCAGAUGAAUUUCACCUCCACACUCGGAGCUGGACGAAAUGAAGCAAGAAGCAAGCGAGACACACCUUUCUUUUACCUGCGCUGCAGCCGAGUCGCUUGCCAAACGAGAGAGUGAAAAGUCGCGGUGACAUGUGUCGCGGCGUCAAAAUCAUCAACUCGGACCGUCCGCAGCGAAACAGAAGAGCCUGGCCAUGAUCAAAAAUGGCCCUUAACCCUUGCAACUGCUGCAGUUUACUCGUCGCCACCUCCGUCGCAGGCAUCUACGCCCUAGUCGCGUACGUUAUCGCGAUAGUGUUGGAAACUUGGUGGAUGAUCCAAGAUAAAAGUGAAGUUCCUGCUGGUGCUUAUCUGCUGUGUUUUGGCCACUUAGUUACCAUAGUCCUUUCUGGACUUUUAAUAGUCGGGAUUGCACUCAAGCAGACGCAAUGGCUGCUGGUUUGGGCCGCGUCAGUGGGCACCUGGCUCAUACCGGAGGCUGCCCUCGCCCUUUAUAUGAGUUUCAGUCACUGGAAAAUAGAAUCGCCGCAAGGAGUGACCGAGCUCCUGUUUUGGACCAUACGAGCGUCGUUAAAUAUCGUUAGCGUCACUUGCGUGGCUUGUCAGUAUGCGGUGUGGAUGGAGGAGAAAAUUAUCAUGAGACGCUUACACAUUUUAAAUCUGCAAGAGGCCGCUAUGCGAAAAGCCUCCGAGCACGCUGCCGCUUCUAAAAAUGGGCAUAACAACCCGGGAUUUAUUAAUUCUUCCAACGAACAAGUCAACAAGAUGCCCCUGGCCGCGAUCCAGAGUCUAGGAAACGCUUCAAGACACGCUAGCACCACGAAUUUGGCAAGCCCAGGAGCGGCCCAGCACCUACAAAAUAGACCGCAUACAUCAAGCAUUCCCAGUAAUUUACAUUUUAUCAGCUGCUAUGAAAAGACCAUGACAAGAGUGGCAGGAUUAUCAAGCAACGAAUUCAACGCUUCCAUGUUUGUGCGCCAAAGUCCUAACAACGUAGCUCUGCAGAGAGCUCGCUCUCUCCUAGAAAUGCAGAUCCAGAACAACAAUGUUUGGGGAUACCCAAGUCAAUUAAAUCAAGUUUCUUUGUGCCCAGGUUACUUGGAGCAAGGACCUGCGGACAAUAUGUCGACUCAAAGUCUGGACCGGCGCCAGAUAAAAUCGCAAAUGAGACUGCAGCAGCACUUUAGAGGACCUUCACAUGCUCAGCAUUUUGGGACGCUGCCACGCACUUUCCGCAUGCAGCGAACGCUGAGCAACGGCUCUCUGCAAGAAAGCAACCACAGCAGCCACACCUCACUCGCUUCACAACAGUCCGACCAGAGAUACAAAGACAUUGCUCUCUAGUGUGUGAAUGAGUGAAAUAACCAAGUUGAGAACUAAUCAAACCAAACUUGAGUUUAAAUACUAUGAGGCGGAAAUACAAUUGAAACUCUAACUUUA